UUCAAAAGUUCGACGAACACCAUCGAGCCUGUCCCCGUUUCUUUUCGCACUCAGUUCCCGUCGGUGAAGUGCAGUUUCCUUAUCGGCCAUUCCGCUACCACAAACAGCGCCUUCCAGUCUCGGUGCAACUUCACACUCAACCGCCGCCACCUAUUCCCUCCCUCAAUCACCUCAACUCCUCCAAUUCUUUACUUUCUGAAGUGUUCUUUCUCCAUAUACCGUUUCGCCUUGCAGCUAUAAACCGUACCUAUCGCGCAUCAACUCAAAAUGGCGGAAGUCGAGAUGCCACAGCCCGUCCCGGGUCCUGUCUCCAACGAGAACACUGCGCCAUCAGCAACCGACGGAAUCAAGACUGUCUUCCACGAUGUGAAUAAUUUCAAUGUCAAACACCCUCUUCUGAACGCAUGGAGUCUCUGGUUCACCAAGCCACCUUCCUCCAAGGGUGAUAACUGGAACGACUUGCUCAAAGAAGUUAUUACCUUCGAUACCGUUGAGGAGUUUUGGGGUGUCUACAACAACAUCACCGCCUGCUCCGACCUCAGUCUCAAGUCAGACUAUCAUCUCUUCAAGAAAGGAGUAAGACCAGAGUGGGAAGACCCACAGAACAAACACGGCGGCAAAUGGUCAUACCAGUUCAAGGACAAGAAGCUGAUCAACAUCGACGAGCUUUGGCUCCAUACUCAGCUGGCUGCAAUUGGCGAGACUCUCGAAGAUGAGGGAGACAACGAGAUCAUGGGCGUUGUGGUGAAUGUUCGAAAGGGAUUUUACAGAAUUGGAUUGUGGACACGGACGACUGGCAAGUCUGGUGGCAAGGACACACUGAUGAAAAUUGGUCAAAGAUUCAAGGAAGUCCUGCAACUUGGCCCCAGCGAUGUGCUUGAAUUCAGUGGUCAUACGGAUGCCGCUCAUGCUGGCAGCACCAGAGCCAAAGCUAAGUACACUGUCUAAGUGAACACUGGAUUAUUCGUCG